AUGAUGUUACGUGCCAAACACCUACUAUUGAAUUCAGUGCUUGUCACUCGUCAACUCAAUGCUUCAUCCACUUCAUUCAAACGUCUACUAACAAGCUGCGCUGGAAACGGUAGCAAGCAUAACCAAAAUCAGAACAUUUCUGUUGUACCCGAUGAAUCGGCAUUAGUUCGCACGGAAGUUCGACCAAAUUCGAUUACGGCCAAUAUGGGCGUUAUCGACAGUGAUGGUAACUUUCAUUCGUCUGAAUCACGCCAUCAACAUGUGUUUCUGAAGACGAGAUCUGACCUAAAGAAGGCUCGCCGAAUAGUCGUUAAAUUGGGCAGUGCGGUGAUUACACGUGAAGAUGAAUGUGGCCUUGCGCUUGGACGUUUAGCAUCGAUUGUCGAACAGGUUUCCGAACUACAACAAAGUGGUCGACAGAUGUUAAUCAUUUCAUCGGGAGCUGUCGCAUUCGGACGUCAAAAACUCAGACAAGAGUUGGUGAUGUCAAUGUCAAUGAGACAAACACUACGCGGUCCAGCUGGUCUCCAUACGGACAAACGCGCAUGUGCCGCAUCAGGAAUGCCUGGUCUGAUGAGUCUUUACGAGCAACUCUUUCAGCAGUAUGGUAUCACAGUUGCACAAGUGCUUUUAACAAAACCGGAUAUUGAUGACGUGAAACGACGUAAAAAUCUUCAAGCAACAAUCGAGAGUCUCCUCAACUUGAAUAUUAUUCCAAUUGUGAACGCAAACGAUGCAGUUGCCCCAGAUCCUAAACUCGAUAUGCAUAUCAGUGAUAAUGAUUCAUUAGCUGCUCGAUUAUCCACCGGAAUCGCUGCAGAUCUACUCAUUAUUCUAUCGAAUGUUAAUGGCGUUUAUACGGGACCACCCGACAUGGAAGGCUCUCGUAUGCUCCACACAUAUGCACCAUCCGAGGCUUCUAACGUCGUUUUCGGCUCAAACUCGAGAUUCGGUACUGGUGGCAUGGAGUCGAAGGACCACCGAUUGAAGAAGUCGCUUCAAAAUGUACGAUGCUUUUCAUCAACUUUUCUUCUACGUGUAACAUCUACGCGUUACACGAUCAUUAUUCAGAAACAACAACUAUUAUUAUUAUUAUUUCUAUUAUCAGGUCGUGAGAGUGGACGUCUACUUCAACAGCUGAGUAACCAUGAACGAGCUCAAACGGUGCGUCAUAUGGCCGAGCUUUUAGAGAAACGUGAGAAAGAUAUUUUGGACGCGAAUCGUCUUGAUAUGCGCACCGCUGAAGCCAAUGGCCUCGAAGACUCGAUGUUGGGACGCUUAAAGUUAACGAAAGCUAAAAUGGCCGAUUUAUAUAGUGGACUACAUAUGAUCGCUGAUUCGGCCGAAACACUCAUUGGCCAAGUAAGACGUAAAGUGAAAAUUGCUGAAAAUUUGGUGCUGGAACAAAUCUCAGUGCCGAUUGGUACACUCCUGGUCAUAUUCGAAUCAAGGCCUGACUGUUUACCACAGGUGGCAGCACUGUCGAUCGCUUCUGGAAAUUCGUUACUUCUAAAAGGUGGCAGAGAGGCUGAUGAAAGCAAUAAAAUGUUACAUUCCGUUGUUCAGGAAGCACUUGGCACGCAUGGAUAUGAUAUGCGUGAUGCGAUAACACUGAUAAGAUCUCGUGAAGAUGUGGCAGAUCUGCUGCAGCUGGAUAAACUCAUCGACCUGGUCAUUCCACGCGGUUCAUCCGAGCUUGUCAAGAGUAUGCAAACUUUAUCGAAGGGCAUACCCGUAUUGGGUCAUUCUGAAGGCAUCUGCCAUGUGUUCAUCGAUAAAGAGUGCGACGAACAGAUGGCCAUCGAAAUUGUGCGCGAUUCAAAAUGUGACUAUCCGUCGGCCUGUAAUGCGGUUGAAACGAUUCUCAUACAUCGUGAUCAUUUGGGUACUCGCUUCUUUGAUCAACUUUGUGGAAUGCUUAAAACUGAAGGUGUUAAACUGCAUGCUGGGCCUAAGUUACAGUCAGCGCUUAAAUUUUCUCCACCAGCAGCUGACUCGUUAAAAUACGAAUAUGGCCGGAUGGAAUGCACUCUCGAGGUUGUCGACUCAGUUAAGGACGCCGUUAAGCACAUUAUUCGAUAUGGUAGUGCACAUACCGAUAGUAUUGUCACUUCUAAUCAUGAAACAGCCGAACAUUUCCUUCAACAAGUGGACAGCGCAUGUGUAUUUCAUAAUGCAAGCACAAGAUUUGCGGAUGGAUACAGAUUUGGCUUGGGAGCUGAAGUGGGGAUCAGUACGGGUCGUAUCCAUGCACGAGGACCGGUUGGCGUUGAGGGCUUAUUAACAACAAAAUGGGUUUUGCGAGGUGACGGUCAUUCAGUACAACAGUUCAAAAAGGGUGGACAAUAUCAAUACAUUCAUCAGUUGUUGAAUGUGACCGAUGACGAUAACAGUAAUACUAAAAAUCAACAACAACAAAUCACUGCAUAA